UUUGUAUUAAGGUUAUUCAGCCUGACAGAAACCUGUUCUGUUUGACGAUCCGGAUUCACUGAUUUGUUUUAUAUUGAGUACUUGAAGCCAUGGCUGAAUUAUCUAUAUUAACCCCAAAGAGAAGCAUGACAAAAAGUGUACAAAACCUCCAGGAGAAGCAAAAGGGAGAUGCCAGGGAGAGGAAGAAAAACAUUUUGUACCUUAUUUACAGCUACUUAAUGGAACAAAAUCUUUGCGAUACAGCUGAAGCUCUUACCAAUGAAGCGCAGCUGAAUGAACAAUGUCAGGUUUGCGAGAACGUUGAUUUGGACAUCAUUUUACAAGAGUACCAGAGCUAUUAUUUCACCAAAUUCCAAAAAUACCCGAAAAUCGUAAGAAAAUUGGACAGUAACGAAGUACCUCAAAAGGUGAAACGUAAGCCGGCACUUAAACCCAGAAAAGUAGCGACAAAAGAGGCGACGGAAAACUUACCUGAAUGUGACGACUUCCAAUUCGGAAUUGUAUCCCUAUCAAAUAACAAUUCAAGAAAAUCCUCAGAUUCUUUUUUCGAACAACCACUUGAAACAAUCGAAGAAAUCCGUUCACCAGAAUGGAAAGAGAUGGCGGAAGUCAUGAUGAAAGAGUUCAUCAACAACAACACGAAAACUUCAUGGGGUGACUGUAUUGGACUAUCCAGUACUGCUGAAAAACUGAAAGAAGCAAUCACAUACCCGUUGAUUUAUCCAGAUCUGUUCAGCGACACUCGAACUUGGAGAGGAAUCUUAUUGUUUGGUCCACCUGGUACUGGCAAGACUUUAUUAGCGAAAGCUUUGGCGUCUGAAGGUUGUACUUUCAUCAAUGUUACGAGCAGUACCUUUAUCAGUAAAUGGAGAGGCGAAUCCGAGAAGAUGGUCAAGGUAUUGUUCGACUUGGCCAAAAAGCAUGCCCCAACAACGAUUUUUAUUGAUGAAGUGGAUGCACUGAUGUCAACGGUAAACCAACAUGAAGCUUCAAGAAGGUUUAAGAGCGAGCUUCUAACACAGAUCGAUGGAAUCCAAGGUAGUACCGAUCACGUCUUUGUGCUAGGAAGCACUAAUGUCCCUUGGAACUUGGAUACAGCCAUGUUAAGAAGGUUUGAGAAGCGGAUUUACGUGCCACUGCCUGAUGACAUAGCGCGAGUUCAAUUGCUUAAACUUUACAUCAAUGGUCCUAAUAGCCUGGAGGAUAAAGAAUGGUUCAAGUUGGGCGGGAUGAUUGAGAAUUUCUCUGGAAGCGAUAUAAAGUGUUUGAGCAUAGAAGUGAAAAUGAGGGUGAUUAGAGAGAAAAUUAAGGAAAUCGAUGCCAAAGGAACGAACCGAGCCGGACACAAUUUGAGAAAGGUUACACUCAAAGACGUCGAAGAUAGUUUGGCUAAGAUAAGGCCAUGUGUGACCUGUGUCGAUGUUAAAAGGUUUGAAGAAUGGAAUGAGAAAUUUGGAUCUUACUGAUAAUAAUAUGUAUGAAUAUAUUUACUAUAAAAUAUAUAACUAUAAUAUCAAUAAAGUC